UCCACCUUUUCCUCCCAUCUGCCAAGCCUGAGCCCCCAAGGAGCAGUGAGGUGCCAGGCUCUGAUGUGUGUCUGUGGAAGGGGUGGGGAGGGGAGAGAGUCCCUUUCGGUGCCCAGUGUGUGUGUGAGCAAUUUCCUGCCAGUGAGGAAACACUCGGCUCAAAUCAGCCCUGGUUCUCCUUUCCCUGCUCUGGCCUCACAGGAGGAGCUGGCAGCAAGCCGUGGGCCACCCUAGCCUCCGCCAGAUUUCCUGACCAAACGCGGGAGGAGAGAUGUUCUGGAUUGUCCUGCUGUUUGCAGCCGGCUCCGUGGCGAUCCCAGCGCCAUCCAUCAUGCUGGUGCCCCCACACCCCAGCAGUCAAGAAGACCCCAUCCACAUCUCGUGCAUGGCCCCCAGGGGCUUCACAGGGGCGAAUUUUACGCUGUACCAAGAUGGGGAGGUGGUGGAGCUCCUGAAAGCCCCCAAGGACCAGCUCAGGGUCAUCUUCAACCUGAGCGGUGGCAGCAGGGAGGUUCGAGGGGGACCGUUCUGCUGCCAGUAUAGUGUGCUUGGUGAGAAUAGGCAACCCCAGCUGUCAAACCUCAGCGAGCCUGUGCACGUCUCCUUCCCAGUGCCCACCUGGAUCCUGGCACUCUCCUUGAGCCUGGCUGGAGUCGCUCUCCUCCUCUUUGGACUAGUGACCAUUGCCCUGAUCAUCAGGAAAGUUAAAGUGAAAAACCUGAACAAGAAACGAGAGCGAGAAUCCUGCUGGGUUAACAUCGCCACCACAGACAUGUCCUUCGACAACUCCUUGUUUACCAUCAUGAAAAUGACUUCAGAAGAAGAUGCAGCCAACCUGGAUACUCCUUCAGGCUCCACUGAGACACCUGGACCCCGGAAGAGGCCCACCUCCACGUCAUCCUCACCUGAGCCCCCUGAAUUCAGCACAUUCCGGGCCUGUUAGAGGAGCCCCUCUCUCUGUGUGCACUCUGUUCAGCCCUCCGCCUGGAGCUGGCCAGGCUGUGCAGGGCCUCAGGUCGCUCCAGCUACUUUGAGGACUUCUGGCUGCUGCUUUCUCAGGGAACUGAACAGAAGGGACAAAGGGGAUCCCUGGCCUUGGGGUCUUCCUCACUGAGAAGCAGGAGUGGGAGAGAGGGGUGAAAGCAUUGACCUGGAGGCUGGACGGAAAGCAGGAAGCAUCUCAGGAUUUCCAGUUUCUCAACCUACCAGGGGAGAAGGAGCCCUUCUGGCUGUUAGCUGGGCUGUUAUGAAUCUGAGCCUCGCACACUCCUCCAGUUUCCUCCUUCCCAUCACACCUGAUUUGGCCAACCUGACUGGAUUUUUGGAGCAUAGGGUACCCUGGGUGGGGUAUGUUCUGUGUGCCCUGCUGGCAUGCCUAAGUUAUUAAUUAUAAUGUUUUGAGCUGUU